AUGUCACCGAAGAAAUAUCCAAAGAAGUCAGACAUAGAGAGUGAUGGCAUUUACCGCCUCCCCCGCUCGCAUGACCAGCGACCACCGACCGCAGAGCCCUGGAAUGUACCACGAGAAAACGCAGCCUCAAAUAUGGAAAGUGGACCGCUGAAAGAGCUGCGACGCCAGUUGGAGUCGUUGUCUACGCUAGGUAGUUCAGAUUGUCUCGGUGAAUUAGGCUCAAAUGCGGCUGCUGCGGCCGCUGCGGCAGUGGAGGCAGCCCUCGAAAGCGGUAAUAUCAGUAGAGAUAAAUCGACACGCGUGGAGCGCCUUCUCCAGGAAAGGCAAAGGUCUAUGCAACGUAUCAAAAGUAGCACCGUCAUAACUCCGGCGACUGAAGAAGAUGAUGAUUCUUGCCCAUCUGAAGAACAAGGUCGCGACCAUUCACGUGCGAAGCAGCGUUUGAUCAUAGCUGCAAACCGCCUUCCAAUAUCGGCACAACGUAAGCAAGAUGGGAAGUGGGCACUUAACCAGUCUGCUGGUGGGCUUGUAAGCGCACUUUCGGGAGUUGGGAACAACUAUGAGAUGCUGUGGGUCGGCUGGCCCGGGGUUUUUGUGGAGGAGGGUCCUGACCGCGAUGCACUCACGCAGCUGCUUCUCCGGAGAGGUUGUCUUCCAAUUUAUUUAUCUCGAAGCGAGGUUGACCUAUAUUAUAACGGAUACUGUAACAACGUACUUUGGCCUCUGUUCCACUAUGUGCCACUUUCUUUUGAAUCAAAACUUAGUGAAACGAAGAACAUGGGGUUGCAAUGGUCCGCCUAUCAGGAAGCUAGCGAGCAGUUUGCACACGUCAUCUUGAAUGCGUAUCGGCACGGUGAUGUGGUAUGGUGCCAUGACUAUCAUCUCAUGCUUUUGCCGUCAAAGCUGAAGGAAGAACACCAAGAUAUGAACGUCGGAUGGUUUCUCCACACACCUUUUCCAUCGAGUGAAAUUUAUCGCAUGCUACCUGUUCGAGAGGAGCUGCUACUAUCUGUUCUCUCGGCCGAUCUAGUUGGGUUUCACACCUACGAUUAUGCACGACACUUUGUGUCCGCGUGCUCGAGGAUCCUCGGAUUCGAAGGUACACCCGAGGGUGUCGAAGAUAAUGGAAAUUUCACAAGAGUGGCGGCGUUUCCCAUCGGAAUUGACCCCAGUCGAUUUACGCAGGCACUUGAGACGGAGCGCGUUCAGGCACACAUCCAUGAGUUGCGCCAGAGAUUUCAGGGUCGCAAGGUAAUGCUUGGAGUGGAUAGACUUGACAUGAUCAAGGGGAUUCCACAGAAGCUACUCGGAUUUGAAAAGUUUUUAUCGGAACACCCAGAGUGGCGCGACAGGGUCUUAUUGGUACAGAUCGCAGUCCCCACUAGAACAGAUGUUGCUGAGUACCAAAGACUGACGUCUCAGGUACAUGAAAUAGUUGGGCGGAUCAACGGUAGAUUCGGCACUCUCGGAUCUGUACCAAUCCAGCACCUCGAUUGCUCGCUCGCCUUCACCGAACUUUGUGCCCUUUAUGCUGUCACGGAUGUGUGUUUGGUGACCUCUCUCAGGGACGGCAUGAACCUUGUCAGCUACGAAUUUGUUUCCUGUCAGAGCAAAAAUGCAGGAGUGCUGGUGCUGUCGGAGUUCGCUGGGGCCGCUCAGAGCCUUGGCGCAGGUGCGCUUCUUGUAAACCCAUGGAAUGUCAAUGACAUGGCUGCUGCGAUCGAGGAUGCUUUGACGAUGCCAGAUGCUGAAAGGCGCGAGCGGCAAAGACAGAAUUUCACACAUGUAACAAUCCAUACGGCCCAAGCAUGGGCAGACACUUUCGUAUCAGAGCUGAACGACACACAUGUUGAGGCCGAGUUGCGGCGCAAGCGCAUUCCCCCGCAGCUCGUCCCCAUGACGAUAAUCAAUUCAUUUGUGACUGCGCGACACAGACUGAUUAUUCUGGGUUUCAAUGCAACACUUACAGUACAGGCUGAUAGCUCCAAAAGACAGGUUCGAAGUGGAGUACUUCCCAUGAAGCCGAUAAAAACAGCCACUAGAAUUCAUCCUGUGUCGCAAGAAUGUUUGCAAAGACUUUGUGACGAUCCGACCACCACGCUAUGCAUCUUCAGUGGCUCUGAAAGGAAUCGAUUGAGCCAGGCAUUCGCCCAUCUACCAAAGCUUUGGAUUGCAGCUGAAAACGGGUGUUUCAUUCGCCCACCGUUAGAGGGCAAGCAUUGUCAACUUGGUGUGGGAGGCACAGGGAAGUGGAUUACGAUGGUAGAAACAUCCAAUCUCGACUGGAUAGAGAGUGUGCAGUUGGUGUUUGACUAUUUUUGCGAGCGCACUCCACGAAGUUAUGUUGAAACACGAGAGACGUCCUUGGUAUGGAGUUACAAGUAUGCCGACCCUGACUUCGGCCGACAGCAAGCCAGGGACCUUUUGCAACAUUUGUGGACUGGACCCAUUUCAAAUGCGGCAGUUGAUGUCAUUCAGGGUGCGAAGUCUGUGGAGGUAAGGCCAAUAGGUGUGAGCAAAGGUGCCGCAGUUGAGCGAAUCGUCUCGAUGAUGGGAGAAUUCGGUUCAUCUUCAUUGAUAAGGCGAGAAGAGAGUUGUGAGCAUGUUCCUCCCGAAACCAGGAUUCAUGCAUCAACGGGAGAACAGACUGAUGUAGUAUCACACAUGGCGACCUUCAGAUCGACUGAUAACAUUUUCACCGGAAUUGAUCAGCAGGACCAUGAAAAUACUGCACCUCCACCGGCAGCUAUUGAACAUCGGCAGGUCGACUUUGUUAUGUGUUGCGGUCACUUUCUUGGUCGAGACGAAGACAUAUUUGAGUAUAUCAAUUAUGGCUCCUCGGCAGUAUUCAGACAUCGUCACAUCCCUGCAGUGCAGCAUCCUUCAAAACAAAAGAUCAAAAACCCCCACCGGGUUGAAAGCUUAGCAAAUGUGUUUGAAAGCGAUCAACAGGGCAAUGAUGCGCAUAGUAAGCAGACUGGGGACGUGAAUGAUGCGGUCGAUUCGAAAGGAAACGAUGACGACAAACCUUCAAUUUUGACAACUUUCAGGACUCCGAUUACAUGCACAGUCGGGCGGAAACGGUCAGGCGCAGGGUACUAUGUGAACGACUCCGAUGAUAUUGCCGAGCUUCUCGCGACACUGACAAAUAGCCUUGAUGACGGUAAGGCUCGUGUCGAGCUGCUUCAAUUUGAUACCGAAUCAAGUCUGGGCUCCAACCGUUCACUCGCUGAUCUUGCGAGGCAUAAUAGUGGCGCAAAUAUGCAAUUGAUGUCACAGCAAGGAUCAUUAGUAGACAUCGCUAAUCACAGAUUUGGGCGUAAUAUUUCUGUGAGCAACAUGAGCGAUAACUCUUCUCUUGACUGUUCACACAAGGGUGGCGAAGCAUCGAUAAGCUUGAAACUGACAUAG